CUUCUUGGUCACAUUGUGCAGUGAUAAGCAUCGUGGAACGGCGGCGAUUUUCGGUUGUGUUUUUAAACUAAAUUUACCGACAAAGUUACGAAAAUAAAUUAAUACCAAGUUAGCCAAGGUAUUCAGUUACCACCGCAGAUCAGCCAAGAUGUCGUUCCUACUGAAAGCAGUUACCACAGCCCGUCACAUCGUUCAUAAGGUUCCCGUGCGCAACCUGAAUCUGCUGGAGUUCCAGAGCAAGGAUCUCCUCCAGAAGUAUGGAGUGGCCAUACAGCAAUUCAAGGUCUUGAAUAACUCCAAGGCAGAUGCCGAGGUCGUCAAGACUUUUGAGUGCCCGGAAUACGUGGUGAAGGCGCAGAUUCUCGCCGGUGGGCGUGGCAAGGGAACUUUCGACAACGGAUUCAAAGGCGGCGUCCAUAUCACCACCAACAAGAGCGAGGUGCUUUCGCUUACCCAGCAGAUGAUUGGAAACCGACUGAUAACGAAACAAACGCCCAAAUCGGGAAUUUUGGUCAACAAGGUCAUGGUGGCACGCAGUAUCAACAUCACCCGCGAGACCUAUCUCUGCAUCUUGCUGGACCGCGAGCACAAUGGACCCGUGCUGAUUGCCUCACCUGCCGGUGGCAUGGAUAUCGAGGCGGUGGCCGAGGAAACCCCUGAGAAAAUUAAGACUGUUCCGCUAGACAUUGGCAAGCCCAUACCGGAGUCGACGCUCUUGGAGGUGGCCAAGUUCUUGGAGUUCAAGGGAGACUCUGUAAAGCGUUGUGCUGAGGAAAUUCAAAAACUCUAUACUCUCUUCAAAGCUGUGGAUGCCGUACAGAUCGAGAUCAACCCGCUGGCGGAGACGGAUAAGGGAGAAGUUAUCUCCGUUGAUGCUAAGCUCAACUUUGACGACAAUGCCCAGUUCCGUCAGAAGGAUAUUUUCUCCAUGGACGUCACCGAGGAGGAAUCCGAUCCCCGAGAAGUGGAGGCGGCCAAGUACAAUCUGAACUACGUCGCCAUGGAUGGCAACAUUGGCUGCUUGGUUAAUGGUGCCGGCCUGGCCAUGGCCACCAUGGACAUCAUCAAGCUGAAUGGAGGCGAGCCCGCCAACUUUUUGGACGUCGGCGGUGGCGUCAGGGAGGAUCAGGUGGCCAAAGCCUUCGAGAUCCUCACUGCUGACCCGAAAGUCAAGGGAAUCCUGGUCAAUGUCUUUGGCGGCAUUGUCAAUUGUGCCACCAUUGCCAAUGGCAUUGUGGCUGCAUCCAAAAAGCUGCAACUGAAUGUUCCACUGGUUGUGCGACUGGAGGGCACCAAUGUAAAUCAGGCUCGCGAGAUCCUGAAGAAUUCGGGCCUGCCCAUUCAGACAGCCAGUGACUUGGAUGAUGCCGCCCACAAGGCUGUGGCAGCCCUUAAUUAGGGGAACGAUUGAGGAGAGCAUGUCUUCCAGAAUGAAACGACGCUCAUUAGCAUUUACAACGGUUGGGCCUUUUAAGUAUAAGUUUUUAUCGACAAUAUAACCAAAAUAUGUUAUAUUCUAUAUAAAAAGCUUUUUAUUUGAUUUAAGAAGUACCUUAGCCAUCUAUCAAAAAUUAAUUAAAUUUAAAAUCAUUUAUUUCUU